GGGUGGGUACGAAUUUACCAACCCAACCCACUCCCUGCCCGCGUCUUCUUCAUCUUUCCCGUACCCCCACCCAAGAUGGAACUGUGUACCGCUCGCGGCUGCACCACCACCAUGUCAAUGCUGUAGGGAGUAGCUAGGCUGCAACUACAAGUGCGAGCAGUAUUCUCUACUACUCAUUUCCCCAAGCUGCAGUGCGCAGGUCAGUCGCCGCUCUCGCUCUCGCUCUCGCUCUUUUUGCCUCUAGCUUCCUCCCUCCCGACCUAUACCAAACUUGGCAAGCCGUGGGCGCUUCCUUCCUUCUGUUAACAGCAGCAGCAGCAAUCUCCUCCCCUCCCACCUCGCUUCUACUAGGUCGCGCAAUCGCCGCCUGCCUGCCUUUCCUGCUCGCGCUAAGACAUAGAGGUUGAUUGAAUCUGGACGCUGCAGUGGUCGGUGGGUCGGCCAUGACCAGCAGGGAGCAGCAGCCGCGCGGCCGCAAGGAGCGGUCCUCCUUCAUCGUCAUCCCCUUCUCCUCCACCUGCCGCUCCGCCUCCAGCGUCGACGUCGUCAACUCCAGCAAACCACAAGGUGCUGGUGGUGGAGCAGGCGAGAUGACGUCUGCAGCGGGAGGCGGCGCCGACAGGAAGCCGCCGGGCAAGCCAGAGUCGCUGUCGCUGGUGGCGCGGCUGCUGCGCGGGUUCAAGAACCUGUCCCACCAGAUCUUCGCCGUGCACGACGAAGAAGACGAGGAGGAAGAGGAGCAGGAGAUGGUGAUCGGCCUCCCCACGGACGUGAAGCACGUCGCCCACAUCGGGUGGGACGGCAGCACCAGCACCACCACCAGCCUCCGCUCAUGGAACCGCGCCGCGCCUAAUCCUCAGCCAGACGCCGCCGCGUCCACAUCGUCCUCUUCCUCAGCUCCGCAGCCGUCUGUGCCGGAGGCUCAGGCGCCGGCGCUAUCCGUGCGGCAGUUCGAGCUCGCCAUGGCCGCCCAGGCAUCCGCCGCCGGAGCAGGCACCUCCACGGCUGCAACCACGAGCGGUAAUGGUGGUACCAGCACCGCUCCGCGGCGCCACCGCCACUACAGCUAGCGUGACGGGGGCGGGCGCGCGCGUCACGAGGCAUGAUUAAGCCAAAUGCUGCCGGGUCGGUCGUCACGAGACGCUGUCCGGGUCUCUCGUCGAUAUCUUUUGGAUUGUCUUCCGGCCGGUCAGUCAGAGUCAGAGUUGAGAUGGAGCGAUUCUCUUGUGUAACUAGCUAGACAUGAUACUUUUCCCCGGGGAUUUCCUUUC